AUGACUCCAGAGCAGAUCAUCGCAGCCUCCAACGCAAAGACUGCUCGGCUGGAGCACAAGGUCGCUAUGCUUGAGGGUACCUUGGGGAAUGUAGCCAGCGCACUCAACGACGUCAGCUCUCUCUUUGAAGCCCAAACGAAAGCACGAUACCAGGCUAUGCAGGAAGCUGAAAUUCUCCACGCCCAAGUCAGGUUUUUGGAGAACUACGUCACCUUCAUUACUGAAGAAAAUGCAGCGGCCACUGAAGCGGCAACAGCUCAUUUCGAAAAGUUGUUAGCCGCCGCAAAUUGGUCUACUUCUCAAUGGAGCCAACAGGCGGAUUAUUACAGCUCGGCCACAAGGGAUCUCCAAGAAAAACUUGCGUCUAAAACCAAAGAGGAUAGUGCAAGUGAGAGGGAGUUUCAGGAGAUGCUUGACGAGUACACGGCAAUGAAAGCAACGUUGUUGCAGAGGGAGAUCGAAAAGGCAAACGCCGAGCGCGAUUUGAAGGAAACCGAACGCCUACUACGCGAAGCCAAGGAAGCGACCCAAGUCCUGAUCAAGAAUGAACAAGAAGUGAACUCGAACCUGAUCAGCCAGAACAAAAUUCUUGCUGCUCAAAAACGGAAACAGUCGAAGGAGGCCAUCGACGCUCGAGCACAAGCCAAAAAGGAAAGGGAAAUGUGUGAUCUGCAGCUGAAAGAAACGAAGAAAAUGAUCGCAAAGAGCAAGGAUCUUGAGAGGAAGUUGAAGAAAAAGAUCGACACGCAAGAGGACUUUCGACGUAAAUGCGACACCAUUUUCAACGAAGCCAAGGCGAUUCAGCAAUCGAGAGACUACUACAAAUCCAAAGACGCAAAGCAAUCGAGAACUAUACAGAGGCUCAAAGAUCAAGUAUUAAACUUGGAAUCAGCCGAAAGGACGAGUGCCUUCACCAAAGCCAUCAAAGAUCUAAACAUUGAAGUGGACGAUUUGAAAUCGAUGAAAGCAAAACUGCAAAAGGAUCUCGACGCCGAGAAACGUGUCAAAGAGCUCAGUUUAUCCAAGGCGAAGGAACAGGCCAAGACUAUCAAGGAGACCAAGAAAAUGCUAGCUCACGCAAAGGGUGCUGCCUUGGGGGACAUGGAUCUAUUUGUUACACGGAUGUCAUGUUACUAUAAAGGCACAGGCUGUACCUUAAAUAUAAUAAUAGUUAUAUAA